AUGACCCAUCAAGAUUUGUACAAUGACACAGGGCUCGAAAAAGUCGAGGUGGCUCACUCUGAGGAUGCUGUCGACAUCCAGGAGCACCAAGUGAGCACCUGGGAAUGCGCUCGCAAGAACCCAAAGGCUAUCCUCUGGGCUCUUUACGCCAACUUGGGUGCCACUCUGGUUGGUUACGAAAACCUCGCUCUUGCCGUUUGUUUGGCCUUGCCGGCUUUCCAAAUCAAGUUCGCUAGCGAGGUCGACGGAAAUCUCAUCAUCCCAGCCUACUGGCAGUCGUUGUGGAACGCCACGUACAACAUCAUGCAACUCUUUGGCUCUCUCGCUGCUGGUUUCGUCCAAGACAAACUCGGUCGACGCGCCGUAUUCCUUCUCAGCGUCAUCAUAGUCUCUUGUGGAAUCGCUUUGGCCUACCUGGCUGAAACACCAGCACAAUUUAUGGGAGCCAAGAUCAUCUCAGGUUUUGCCGUGGGUGCCUUCCAGUCAACUACCCAGACUUAUGUCUCCGAGAUUACUCCUCUGCCUCUGCGUGGCAUUGCAUUGUCUCUCAACAUUCUCAUGAUGAACGUCGGUUUCCUCAUCGCAAUUUCCACAACCUAUGCUCGAGUCGGUAUCAUGAACGAAUCGGCAUUCCGAGUUGUAUUUGCCGCUGCAUGGGUCUUCCCAGGAAUUCUUGCACUCGGUCUCCCAUUUCUCCCCGAAUCGCCUUACUGGCUCGUCAUGAAGAACAAGCGUGAUCUCGCUUUGAAGCACCUGACCAAGCUCUCCGCGGCCGACGAAAAUCUUGACGCCCAUCUCAAGUACAUCGAAGAAACAAUCGAGGCUGAGCGCCUCAUCAGCUGUGAGAAGGCCUCUUUCAUAGAAUGUUUCAAAGGCAUCAACUGGCGUCGAACUCGUAUCAUCUUGAUCUGCAUGUACAUGCCGCAGAUCGUAGGUUCCAGCUUGUCAUCCAAUGCUCCCUACUUCCUCAACCAAACCGGUCUCAGCAGUGGCUUGAUCAUAAAACUCAUGCAGAUCGGAAUCGCUGUUUCAAUUUUGUCAUGUGUCAUCAAUAUCUACAUGAUGACUCUUUUCCGACAUCGACCCCUCAUGUUCUUUGGCAUGUCAAUCUGCGCUAUCAUCUAUUUUAUCAUGGGUGUUGCUGCCUCUUGCCCCCAAUCUGAGAAAACACUCCUGGCCAUUGGCAUAGUCAUGCAGUUUACCUGUCUUGCCUAUGGACCAGCUGUUGGCUCGAGUCUUGCUGUGGCGGGUGAAGUGUCUGCUUCUAGGUUGAGGGCCAAGUCUCAAGGAAUUGCCUUCGGAUUCCAGGCCAUUGCCGGCACUGUCUGGGUGACUGUCUUGCCCUACAUGUUCAACAAGGAUCAAGGCAAUAUGGGUGGUCACAUUGGCUGGGUCUUCUUUGGCAUGACCGUCUUGAUGAUCGUGGCUGUCUACCUUGAUGUCCCAGGUACCAAGGGCAGGACGUUCCAUGAACUUGAUAUCAUGUUCGAGAAGAAAAUCCCUGCUCGUCAUUUUGAGUCUUACAAGACUGACUGA